AUGGCGGGAACAAGCUCAACAUCUUUCCAACGACUAUUUCAGAAGGCAGCUUCGGCUCUGUCUAGGACGCCUCCCCCUCAUUUAGUUUCCACUCAAGAAGAAAGGCAGAGGUACCUGAGCCAGUGUGUUCCCCUCCACAAAGCAGCACUGAAGGGUGACUGGAAAGAAGCAAAGAAAAUACUAGAUCAAGACACCACGCUUCUCAACUCUGCCAUAACAAAGGGUUGGGCAACAGUGCUCCAUGUUGCAGUGGGAGCAAACCAUGAACACUUUGUGGAGGAACUCGUCAAACUCAUGCCACCCCAAGAUUUAGAGCUGCAAGAUGACAAAGGGAACACUGCUUUCUGCUUUGCUGCAGCAGUUGGUAACGUCCACAUUGCUGAGAUAAUGCGCAGAAAAAAUCAACUGUUGCCAACGUUAAGGAGUGGAGUAGGUGUCACUCCUCUUCACUUGGCUGUGUUACAAGGAAGAAGUGAAAUGACAUGCUAUCUGUUUGAUGAGUCUAAGGAAAUUCUCUAUGAAGAGGAUUGGAUUACACUGUUCUUCAUUUGUAUAAACACUGGACUCUAUGAUCUGGCCCUGAAAAUGCUAAAUCAGAAGGAAUCGCUGGCUUUUGCUCGAGGUGAUGAUAGUGAGACUGGUUUGCAUGUCUUGGCCAGAAAGCCUUCUUCAGUUUGUAGUUGCGGAAGUCAACUGCGAUAUCCAAGACACCUCCUGCAUUUCUACAAGAAGGACCCUCCAGUUCUGAAACUUACAAAACGCAUGUGGGAGAUAUUUCUUACCUUGGAUGAUUCAGAGUUUAUGUAUGCCGUAAAAGAGCCUACACAAGUAACAUUCCUUGCAGCAGAAGUUGGAAAUUUCGAGUUUCUAUCUGUGGUGAUGAGCACUUAUCCUGAUUUGAUUUGGGAAUUAAACACCUUAGGUCAAAGUAUAAUUCAUGUUGCUGCUUUGCACCGUCAUUCUAGCAUCUUCAAUUUGAUACACGAAAUAGGACCAACCAAAGAUUUCGUAUUAACAUAUAUGGAUGAUGAAGGCAACACUUUACUCCACUGUGUUGCAAAAUUAGCACCACAAGAACGACUUAAUAUAUUUUCUGGAGCAGCUCUUCAAAUGAUGCUUGAGUUGUCAUGGUUUGAGGAGGUAAAAAAGAUAAUGCUACCAUCAUUUAUAGAGCUGGCAAACCAUGAAAACAUUACUCCACGACAACUAUUCAUCAAGGAUCACCAAGAGUUGCUAAAAAAGGGAGAGUCAUGGAUGAAAAGAACAGCAAACUCUUGCAUGGUUGUUGCAACCCUAAUUGCAACAGGAGUGCUUUCUGCUGCCUUCAGCCUCGGUGCUAACAACGACAACUUAGCAUUUCCCAAUUAUUUGACGAUGAAACCCUGGUUCAUGGUAUUUGCAUUAUCAGAUGCAUUGGCAUUGGUCUCUUCCUCAACCUCAAUCCUAAUCUUCUUGUCCCUCCUCAUUUCACGAUAUGCUGAGGAAGACUUUAUAAAGUAA